AUGUUCCGAGAGGACUUUGCCAAAUGGGCUCCUGACACAUUUGCCAUGGUCUAUCAACCCAUCCUCAGAAGGCUUAAGAUAUUCCCUAUGUUCAGAGGCAUAUACGUAGGAUGUGAGAACGACAAACGGGCAACCAUCGCGCAGCAGCUGGCAGCAUUGCUCGAUGAUGAUGUCGACGACUUGCCUAAGUGGUCAAAGCGCGAACUCGACCAGAUAAUUGGAUACAGCGUGGAAUUCCAGUCACUCGUCUUCAACAGAGGCAUACAGAGUGUAGCUAGUGAGACAGACAAUGGCGACCACGAUAAGAGUGGAUUUACGAACCUGAAAUGCAAUAAGGCUGACAAGGGCAAAAAUAUCCUGCUCAAAGGUGAAAGAGAUAAAAAUAUCAAUUAUAUCGCGGAUCAAGGCUAUAGCAGCGACGAUUCUGAUAACGAGAGCGACAGCAUCAGGAAGAAGGAACCUAAGGGAAAGAAAAAGAAAAGAAAAGAGGCUGCAAGGGGGCCGAUUCGGACAAUGACUCUGGGAAGACAUACAUCCCGGAUUGGGCAAAAGGAACAAUUACUGAAGGUACCAGUAUUUCGAGAGCGCUGA